GUUACAAUACAGAACGUUCCUUCCUUCUUCUCUCUUAUUCAAGGCGAUUAGGGUUCCAGUUGUUUGUAUAGUUCUUCUGUGUUCUUGUUAAAUCUCGUGUGAGAUUCUGUAGUGAUUGUGAGUUUAAGAUCAACUGAUUAUCAUCAGUUGAUCGUUCUUCUUUGUAUUGUUCAAGAUCUUACUUGAUUGUAGAUCCGCCACUGGUCACAUGUCAACUGUACAUAUACAUUUUUGUGUAAGGGGACUUUGGGGGUGAAGCAUGUGGGAUUUCAUUAUCACUAAGCCUAAUUUAAUUUUAAUUUUUUUUUUCGAUCAAGUUACACAUCCUCUGUUUAAUUAGAAAAAAGCAAACCCAAACAAGGGACCGAAACUGCCUUUCUCACCGACAUCACCUGACGGGUAAUAACCUGGAAUUUGCUCGCGGUUGUUAGCAAUGAGAAGAUCAAGGCAAGAGUUUCGGAGGUCAGUGAAGCGACGAUGGUUACCGAAUGUGUUUUGGCUAACAUUAUGCGGAUUUAUGGCUCUGCUCUUCAUCCUUUUCAUUAGUCGACACAGAGUCGGACCCACAUCCAGAUCGCUCUUAUCUAAGAGGUCUUAUAUGCAGGAUAAAACCCUGGAAAGCCUUAAUGCUACAGACGAAAUGGUAAAUCCUAACUCAAUCACAAGGAAACUCAACGAUCAAAUACAACUCGCUAAGGCGUUCGUUGUGAUUGCUAAAGAGAACAACAAUCUCCAGUUUGCAUGGGAAUUAAGCGCACAAAUUCGCAACUCUCAAAUCCUUCUUUCAAAUAACGCGUUAACACGAUCACCGUUAAAACUUAGAGAGUCAAAUACUGCUAUUAAAGACAUGGCGCUCUUGUUGUUUCAAGCCCAACAAUAUCACUAUGAUAGUGCAACGGUGAUCAUGAGACUCAAAGCCCGAAUCCAAGAUCUUGAAGAACAAACAAGUUUAGUAACCGAAAGAAGUAGCAAAUACGGACAAAUAGCUGCAGAAGAAGUCCCAAAAAGCCUUUUUUGUCUUGGUGUCGGUUUGACAACCGAAUGGUUUAAACAAUCAAAGCUGCAACAAAAAGUGUCCGGAAAUAUGCAAAAAGACGCGAAGCUGAAAGACAACAAUCUUUAUCAUUUUUGCGUGUUUUCGGACAACAUUCUUGCAACUUCGGUUGUGGUAAACUCGACAUCCUUAAACGCAAAGAACCCAGAUAGAAUAGUAUUUCAUUUAGUGACUGAUGAAGUGAACUAUGCUGCAAUGAACGCGUGGUUUACGAUGAACGAUUUUCAUGGGGUGACGGUUAACGUGCAGAAGUUUGAGGACUUUACUUGGCUGAAUGCUUCUUACGUUCCUGUUCUCAAACAGCUUCAAGAUUCCGACACCAAAAGCUAUUACUUUUCAGGAAGUAACGAUGGCGGGAAAACGCCAAUUAAGUUUAGAAACCCGAAGUAUUUAUCGAUGUUGAACCAUAUAAGGUUUUACAUACCGGAAGUGUUUCCUGAUCUAAAGAAGGUGGUGUUUCUCGAUGAUGAUGUUGUUGUUCAAAAGGAUCUAUCAGGUCUUUUUACUGUUGAUUUGAACGGAAAUGUGAACGGGGCAGUGGAAACUUGUAUGGAGACGUUUCAUCGGUACCAUAAGUAUUUGAAUUACUCUCACCCGCUUAUAAGAUCGCAUUUUGAUCCGGACGCGUGUGGUUGGGCGUUUGGUAUGAACGUCUUUGAUCUGGUCGAGUGGCGUAAAAGAAAUGUUACCGGGAUCUAUCACUAUUGGCAAGAAAAGAACAUUGACCGGACAUUGUGGAAGCUUGGCACGCUGCCACCCGGACUUCUUACGUUUUACGGGCUAACCGAGCCUUUAGAUCCCAUGUGGCAUGUGCUUGGUUUGGGUUACACGAAUGUCGAUUCGCAGUUGAUUAAAAAUGGAGCUGUGUUACACUUUAAUGGUAAUUCAAAGCCUUGGUUGAAGAUUGGAAUGGAAAAGUACAAGCCUUUAUGGGAGAAAUUUGUUGAUUAUACUCAUCCAAUGUUGGAGCAAUGCAAUUUUCGUUGACUUCUUUUUGAAAGUCAAAACAUAUUUAAAUUUUGGCUUAUUUUAUUCA